UCACUGAUUGUUUACAAAAAUACGGGAACAGGACAUAAAACAAUUUGCUAGUUGACGAGUACUACUCUAGUCCUUGGUUAAGAGGCCUUACAAGGUUGCGGUCAUUGCAUCUGUCUAAUUAUACAACCGAGAAUCUGAGGAUAGAUUCAGUACUGUUUAAUGAGACAGCUUAGUUUCGCACGAGAAUAACUUGAUCUACGGGAGCUUGCAUGAAAUUAAAGGCUUUGCUAUUACCUUUGUGUAUGGUAAUUCGAUGUACCGUUGGCUUUGUGGGGAAGCCUGGCCUAUCAUAGGUAGCUUAUACCUAAUUGUACGUAAACUAGUCGAUAUUAUCUACCCAUAAAUAUGAUUAUCAUGACCGUUCCCGUAAAUCUGCGAUCUUCGGCUAUUAUUGUUGGAGCUGUGAUCAUUGGGGCUUAUGUCAUUUUUGGUGGACCUUCCGACAUCCGCAGAAGGAAAAAAAGAAAAGGGAACAUACCUGGCCUAGCAAAUAUUGGAAAUUCAUGUUUUUUGAAUGCAUUAGUGCAGUCAUUAGCAUCCUGUCCAUUAUUUGUUUCUUGGUUGGGUAGCAAACAUCAAGAUCCUUCUCCACCUUUAGUAUCUGCUCUUCAUAAGCUUCUCUGUGUGCUCAAUAAUGGAGAUGACUAUAAAGGGGAUGCGUGUGCUGGUGAAGUUAUGUGUGCCCUAAGAGGGCAUGGAUGGGUUAUCUCCUCUGAAGAACAAGAUGCCCAUGAACUCUUUCAUGCCUUGACUGCCACUAUAGAUGAAGAAUUAUUGAAUACUUCAUCCAUGCCAUCCCUUUUGGAUGUUUCGUGGAUGGAAUCAGAUGGUGCUGAAUCAUUUCAUAUGGGCGGUGUUGGUGUUGUCUUUAAAUCUGAUUGCUGGAGCAAAAAUAGAGAAACUAAACGUAAUGUAGUGAGGUAUGAGAAACGGCUUUUAAACUCAAGUGAUGCUUCAAGUAGUGUUAGUGCAAGUUCUGAACUAUUAGAGAAACCCAGUCAACAAGACACUGACAUUUCCGACUUAAAAAGUGCUCAAGUAUCUGAUGUUCUUUAUCAAGAUGUUUGUAAAUACAAUGUAAGUGUUGAAAAUGGUGCCUGUGGAAGUGAUGAUGUACUCAGUGGGCAUCAUAAUGGCUGGAGUAGCCCAGGGCGUGAGAGCGACAUAGAUGAAAAUAGUGUGUCCUCUCUGAAAUGUGAUAACACUGUUGAAGACAGUUCUGUCUUCACCGGCCAAAGGAGUGAAAUUGACAAGUGUGAAAUGGAUGAAACUUUUAUAGAAAAUGAGCCAGAAACACUGUGUACAAUCUCAAAAUCUGAUGUGAUUUGUAUGGGAAGUGUAUCACUUAUGAAAGGUGAUAAGAUUAAAAGAAGAGGAUACAAUACUGUACCUCGUAUGAAAUCCAGAAAAACAGAAUUGAAGACUCAAAACAAGCUUCAUGAUAAUCCUUUUCAAGGGUACUUAGCCAGUCAGUUGCAGUGUACACUAUGUGGAUAUAAAAAUCCAGCUCAGUGGACAAGUUUUGAAUCUUUGUCCCUCUCGUUACCAUCUAUACCCUGGAGUGAGGUAACAUUGCAAGAACUACUCGAUUCAUACAUAACUCAAGAGAAAGUAAGUGAUGUGACGUGUGAUGCCUGCUCGAAAAAAGCUGGAGUUGAUGUCAAGACAUCAUUUACUAAACAACUCACCAUUGGAAAGCUUCCUAGUUGUUUAUGCUUCCACAUCAAGAGAACCGUCUGGAUGGAGAAUGGAUCAGCUGUGAAGAGGCAAGAUCAUGUUAUCUUCCCAGAAUUUCUGACUAUGGAUCCUUACACAUAUGUAACAUCUGUAAGCAGUCAGGGACUUUGCAGCGUUCUGUUAGGAGGUAGAGAGGCCAAUGUAAUUCUCAAGAAUUCUCUAGACUCUACAGGGACCAUACCUCAACCAUCCUCUGUUAUUAGUCAUAAUGCUACCUCUACUGAAGUUGAGGCCAGGUGGUUUUACACAUCAGACCUGACUGUGAGGGAAUCCAACCUGGAGGAAGUAAGGAAAGCAAAUGCAUAUAUGAUCCUGUAUGAAAAAGUAGCAGAGUAAUAAUUCUGUCUAUUACAGCAGAGAAUAAGUUUUUCAACUUAAUACAAAAGUUUAUUCAUUGCUUCACAUUUUGUAAAUUUAAAUGCUGAAAUAAUAAUAAUACCACCAAUUUUACGUGUGAAAGUGGGAAAGAAUAAUCACAGUAAUGCAAAUGUCUGAUUAUUUGAUGCAUAAACAAUUUUAUAUAUAAAAUUAAAAUUACUUUAGCUUUGGAUAUUCAUAUAGCUUAAAAGUUAUCUUUUUUAAUAUUAUGUAAGUGUAUUUAAACAUGCCCUUUUAAUAUAUUGCAGAAACCCCUUAAAAAUGAAAUUUCUGCAUUUUAUCUUUUGGCUUUUGAUAUUAAUUUUUGGUACAACCAUGAUGUGCUCUUUAGUAGCAAAAUAAUUGCCAUGUGUUUAAUCUAUGCGAUAUUGUACCCUCCACAACUGUUAUAACUGUAAUACCAGUACUAGUUGGUGAAGUUACUCAGUUUCAUUAAAUGCAUAAACUAUGAGAAACAGUUAGUAAUAGUAGAGAUGAAUUUUCACAUUGUCUUGAAUAUAAUUAUUAGAUACUGGUCAGCAUUGGAAAUUACCAAGUAAUUGAAUUUUUUCCAAAAAGGUAACUUCCUCUCAAAUGAGAAAUGAAACACUAGGCCAAAUAGGUCAGUCCUACUUUUAACAUAGUUUUAAAAUUUAUAACUUAUUUUGGUAAACUGUGUCUUCCAGAUGAAAAUUUAUGUAAUACAUAUAUUUAGGAAUUGAUGUAGUGUAAUAUUUGCAGUUGAUUACCGGCCAUUAUCAUUUUUUAAAGGCAACAAUUUUGCACAGUUUUGUAAGAAAUCAUGAACCUUUUGUGUUGACUGUGAUCAGGUAUAUUUUAUCUAAAUACAGGUAUUCAUGAUUUCAUGUAUUCUUUUAGUAAAUGAAAAAAGUUAGGGAUAUUUAGUGUAUGUGUGUAUCUGCAGGUAUGAUGUUUGGAGUAUGUGAGGUUCUCUGUCAGAACAUUAAGCCUAAAGUUUUCUUAUUAGAAACCAGUUUUCCUUCACCCAUUGUUAUGUUUAAUUUUUAUCCUGGUUCAUUUUGCCCAUCAGUUUUCAGUCGAAUAAUCUUUUCCAUCUUGUUCAUGUUCAGUCUACCCUUGUUGAAGAUAUUGAUUCAUGUAUCAGCUACUCAUCUUCAGUGAGAUCUCUUUUAGAUAACUUAAUGUUGUGUAGGUACUAAAUAACUGUAAGGUAAUUUUAUAGAAAUCAUUUUUCCAUGUAGAAUAAAGCAGUCUCAUUUCACACCAUUAGGUCCAGAGGGCCUUUACAUGGGUACCUAAACACAAGUUUGUUUUCCAUGCUAUUAUAUCUCAAUUUGCAACUACAAGGUUACAUAAAUAAUAAAUUUUAGUAAAUGGUCCAGCUCAACCUGUCAUGCAGUGUAUCCCUCAACCAGUUUUCAUGUAUAGUAUAUCAGGCUAGUUGGAAUUUUACAGAGUAUUAGGCUUGACUCUCCUAGGAGUGCUCUUAACACAUUUCAGAAUUUCUGAGGAUUACUCUUUAAAACAUGCUGGUUUUACAUAAGUGACUUACCAAGCAAUUUCAAAGCUGAAGGCUUUUUACCUUGACAUUCCAAAAUUAAAGUUUUGCAAUGGCGCUACCAUCACUAGUCUAUGUGAAAUCACUAGUUUAUUUGAACAGGACCUUCCCACUUUCGGACUUGUUAGGUACAAAAUAGCAGAACCUUCCAAUUCGCUUUCUGCCAUCUCCCAAGUAACAUCGGUGGUUUGGAUGCAGUCCUUGCUUCAUCUUUCGGAUAUUUUUCCAGAAAUUUUGGUGAAAUAUUUCAUAUUGAAUGGUGUAUUUGCUAGUUAGCUGUAUUGCUUGCCAUUAUAAUGUCAGACUCUAGCUCUUCUGGGGUUCGGUAUUGCACCGAAGGAUGUGGGAACAGAUUGUUUGAACAGACUUAAGAUAGUCAUCCUUAGUGUAUUAAGUGCAGAGGACAAGAGUGUUCCAAAGAUCUUACAUGCUCAGAAUGUAAAGAGUGGGAUGAACACAAAUGGAAGGAUUUUAGGUCUCAUUCAGAGAAAUUGGACAAAGCAGCUCUCAGAGCCAAGAGUAGAGCUAGUCUACAGGCUAUCCCUUUACCAACAGAGGCAGAGGAUAAUGCUAUUUCUUCCCCUCCUGCUCUCUUUGUCUCCCAUUCUCAGCCCUCCUUCAUCUCUAACACAGACUCAUUUGCCAGAUCCCCAUGCCUAUGAUAUUAACACCAUUACCAGCCCCAAACCUAGGUUUGAUAAAAAGUUACAGUUUUUAGCUAGUUCUGUCAUGGAAUCAGGUUUACAGUAGACCUCCAUAUUCGCAGGGGAUGCAUACCAGACCCCAGUGAAUAGUUAAAUGAAUGUUCGAAUACCAAAUGUAUACCUUAAAUGCCAUCCUAAAUUACAUCAAAUAUAUUUUAAAUUAUCAUCCUAUUACUGUAUUAAGCUAUGAAAUUGUGUUGUUGUUAUUUCAGAGUCAUCUUAAACAUUAGUAUAGGUGGUCCCCAGUUAUUGGCUGCUUCGCUCUAUGGCAGUUUUAGAAAAUAUUCAUUAAAAAAUAAGGUUUCUUAUGGUGCCACAUUCAGUUAUCGGCGCCAUUAGCCCGCUAUGGUGUGUUAUCGGGGGUGCCAUGGCGCCUGGCCAGGAAUGGAACCCCUGCUGAGAACCAGAGCCUUAAAACUAAAUACGUAUGUACUUCUAACCCUUCCAGACAAAAUUGAGUUACCACUAUGACAUAAGUAUCUUCUUGUGCAGAGAGAGAGAGAGAGAGAUUCUCCUUAAUUUCUCAGGAAUUUCAAUCUGUUUCUCUUUAGGAAUGUUAAUCUAUUUCUGUUUACUAGCCAUGACAACACAAAAAUUUACAUUUGGUUUUUUCUUCCAAAGAUGUAUUACCUUUACUAUGCAUUUUUUAAAACUUAUGAACACAUACAUACACUCAUGGUGUGCAUAUGUAUUUAUACCAAUUGGUUAACCCUUUAAUGCCGAUUGGACGUAUAUACGUCGAUAUAAAAAAAGUUUUUUUUAAAAUUCGCGUAAAAAUAGUUAUAGGCCUACUAGGCGAAAACUUUUGAAUCACGCGCCUUGGGGGAUGCUGGGAGCUUAUGGAUCAAGGCAUUUUGUUUACAAUCGUUACCCAGGCGCGCAAGUGCGAAUUUCUUUCUACUCGCACUAAAAAGUAUCAGUGACACAUCUCAGAAAUUAUUUUGUCACUUUGACAUAAUUUUUGCACCAUUUUAAAUUAGCCGUUACAUGGAGUAGUAUAUAUAAAAAUGUGCGCAAUUUCAUGUAAAAUACAACAAAAAACAACUCAUGGUUGUAGCUUUUAUCAGUUUUGAAAUAUUUUCAUAUAAAUAACGAUAAGUGCCAAAAUUUCAAUCUUCGGUCAAUUUUGACUCUACUGAAAUGGUCGAAAAACGCAAUUGUAAGCUAAAACUCUUAUAUUCUAGUAAUAUUCAAUCAUUUACCUUCAUUUUGCAACAAAUUGGAAGUCUCUAGCACAGUAUUUUGAUUUAUGGUGAAUUUAUGAAAAAACUUUUACCUUAUGUCCGCUCGGUAACUUCCGAAAACAAUCAUAAAUUUUUUCGUCCGAUUGUCGUAAUGUUUGCACCAUUUUAAAUUAGCCGUUGCAUAAAGUUUUAUAUAUGGAAUGGAAUUGUGCGCAAUUUCAUGUAGAAUACAACAAAAAAACAACCCAUGGUUGUAGCUUUUAUCAGUUUUGAAAUAUUUUCAUAUAAAUUACGAUAAGUGCCAAAAUUUCAACCUUCAGUCAACUUUGACUCAACCGAAAUGGUAAAAAAUCACAAUUGUUAGCUAAAACUCUUACAUUCUAGUAAUACUCAAUUAUUUACCUUUAUUUUGUAACAAAUUAGAAUUCUCUAGCACAAUAUUUCGAUUUAUGGUGAAUUUAUGAAAAAAAAAAAAAAAUUUUCCUUACGUCCGUGCGGUAACUCUUCCGAAAAAAAUCAGAAAUUUUUUUGUCUGAUUGUCAUAAUGUUUGCACCAUUUUAAAUUAGCCGUUACAUAAAGUUUUAUAUAUGGAAAUGUGUGCAUGUAGAAUACAACAUUAAACAACCCAUGGUUUUAGCUUUAAUCAGUUUUGAAAUAUUUUCAUAUAAAUAACGAUGUGGCAAAAUUUCAACCUUUGGUCAACUUUGACUCGACCGAAAUGGUAAAAAAACGCAAUUGUAAGCUAAUACUAUUACAUUCUAGUAAUAUUCAGUCAUUUACCUUUAUUUUGCAACAAAUUAAAAGGCUCUAACACAAUAUUUUGAUUUAUGGUGAGUUUAUGAAAUAAACUUUUUCCUUACAUCCACGCAGUAACUCUUCUGAAAAUCAUAAAUUUUUUCGUCCGAUUGUCGUAAUGUUUGCACCAUUUUCAAUUAGCCGAUACAUAAAGUUUUAUAUAUGAAAAUGUGUGCAAUUUUAUGUAGAAUACAACAAAAAACAAUUAAUUGUUGUAGCUUUUAUCAGUUUUGAAAUAUUUACAUAUAAAUAAUGAUAAAUAGAAAUAAUUCGUCCUUUGGUCAACUUUAACUCGACCGAAAUGGUCAAAAACUGCAAUUGUAAGCUACAGCACUUACAGUCUAGUAAUAUUCAAUCAAUUACCUUCAUUUUGCAACAAAUGGGAAGUCUCUAGCACAAUAUUUUGAUUUAUGGUGAACUUUUGAAAACAUCUUUUUUUUUUAUGUCCGCGCAUUACGAAUUCAAGCAUCAUUUUGUGAUAAUAUUUUCUCUGUGUUGCCUUGAUCGUUUUACAAUGUGUUAUAUACCAAAAUGAUUGCAAUUUAGUGUACAAUACAACAACAAAACAAUUAACUCAUUAGCUUUAACCAUUUUGCUCACAGCACGAUUUAUAUACAAUUAUAUAUGAAAUUUUUUUUGCGCUGUCAUAUCCAAUAUUUAUAGUAUAUGAUAGAUAUUUUUUUCAUUUCUGAUGGUUGCAUACUAAACUUCAGGCAAUGACAAAAAUGAACUCUUAAUCUUGAAAACUAAGCAUGCUGUGAUUUUUUGAAAAAACAUUUUUACCGCUUCAGCGCUCACUCGCUAACGCCGCCGGCAUACGGGAGACGAUUUUUAAAAUACCACUUCGGCGUUUAAGGUUUAAAGAGACUCAAAUUAGCAGUGUACAUAUCUUCUACUGAGAGAGAGAGAGAGAGAGAGAGAGAGAGAGAGAGAGAGAGAGAGAGAGAGAGAGAGAGGGGGGGGGGUUUCAGUAGUAUAUCCUUUGACCGCCAAGUUGGAAAUACUGACCAUCUGACCCUUGCUGUCAGGUUUCUUGACAUUGCUGACAGGUUCACCCUCCCCCCUCUCUCCAAGUCUUUCAGCAAAAGAUGGGGGUCUCCGUAAAAUUUUACGUAAUUUAUUAAUUUAUAUAAACUACAAUCUUAAUAAUUCACUAUAGUAUUUUGUUAAGUGAAUUGGAAUUAUUGCUGUUUACAAAUGUUAAUAUUUGAAAAUUAGUAAAUCAUUUAUUUAUUAUACAAAAAACAUACAUCACAGCAGGAUAGAGAGAGAGAAUUAUUAUUAUUAUUAUUUAAUAUAAUUUAAUCUUAUUAAACUAAAUACGUACAGUAUUAAUCAGUAUUGAUAUUUGAAAAUCAGUAAAUUAUUUCUGUAUCAUUAAAAUGUAUUUAGUCAUAAAAAUAACAUCAAAAUACACUAAUAGUGAAUAUUUAUCCAUGGAAAAGUCCACAAAUAAUUUAUAGAUAGGUUCAACAUAAAAAUUUGUGAAUAGAUGAGUUUGCAAAUAGUGAGAAUGCAAAUACAGGUGGUUGACUGUAUCUUUUAGAGCUUUUGUUGACAAGUGACAGUGCAGUGAAAAGUUUUAGGAAAGGGCCUGAGGAGGUGGCUGUCUGUCACACCAGUUCUAGACUAAGGUCACUGUCCCACUCCCCCGCACAUGGGAGAAGACAUACUGGAGGCCCAAGUGAGGCUGAUGAAGUUUGCCCACAGGCUGAUGAAGUUUGCCCACAGGCUGAUGAAGUUUGCCCGCGGGCAGUAGGCCCCCUCCGUCUAGCCUGUCGUUCGCUCCCAGGCUGCGACAGAGCGCCAUUAGAAAGGCAUCUUAGACAGUGCUGUGCGCAUAUCCUCGGACUCAAUUGUGUUAUCUCUGGACAAGGCGUCAUCGAUGCAGUGUUGUUGCCUCACAUCCUCUAGAGGCAUUCAUCAGCUGACGACAUCUCGCCUACUCCUGUCAAGAGGCAUAGAGAGGUUGCUUUUAGUCCUCAACCCUCUUGUAGUUUUACAGUUCCUUCUCCUGAUGUGCUUUCAGUUUGUUCUUGUGGUUUGUCCUUGGACAGCCCAGAGUCUCUUGGAUCUUUUGAGUGCCCAGUUCUGGCGACAAAGUGCUCAGACCUUCGGCACAAGUGUUCUUUUGCUUCUGAGUACGAGUCUCUGCCUAGCACUUGGCACUCCACGCCAACUGUGGGGCGCUCGGAAUAUGCUUAGUGCCACUAUCACCUGUUCCUUUUACGUUGGCUCUAGAUGAUCCAGCUUUCUCCCUUCUUCGUUGUCAACUGCAAGACUUCAUGGUGGUUUUAAAGAAGGAGGCUUCUGUUUCCAAUAAUGAAGAAGCUUCUUUAUCGCCAAUUUCAUGUGAAGAAGCCAAACAAGAUUCAGCUCCAUCUUCUGCUUACUUGAUGCCUCUUCGCUACUUUCUUGCAAACUCUUGAUUUUUUUUUAACCUGCUCUUCCAAGUUUCUCAGCUUCUACUUUUCUAAUGAGGAAGAAAGCUAGUGACAGUUCCGGUUUACCUAAGCUAGUUCUUACUUUGUCUUCUAAGAGAGUUCUCUGAGAAGUAAACAAAUGGUUGGCUGCGAAGAGGGAGCUAGGGAAGGCAUCUUUUGCUUUUCCCCUAUCCAGGGAAGCUCCUUCUUUGAGAGUUUCUGCCUCCUCCCAGGGAGACUUUUCCAGUUUAGUAGAUGCUUCUCGACAUUCUACUUUUGCUUUAGUGAAAGUUAUGUUCUCAUCACCAGAGUUGGACCACCUAGUUAGAAAUUUAUUCAAGGUGUUGGAGAUUUUUUAACUUUAUUGAUUGGUCAGUGGGAGCACUGGCAAGAAAGAUUGAAGAAUUUGCUGCAAAGUGGUUGGGUGUCUUAUCCUGCGCAUAUAAGGCAGUCAGAAAUGGAUCUGCUGAGUUAGCUUCUCUCUUCUUGUUGGUCAUUCUCGAGAAGUGAGAAUUAUGGUGCUCUUCGCCACCAAGGGAGGUAAGGUCACUCAGAAAUCGGCCCUCUUAUUCUCCCCAUUAGAUAAGACUCAUCUCUUCCCACAAGAGAUGAUUAUGGAGGUUCUUUUGGCUUUGCAGAAAAAGUUGAUGCACUACUUGUUAGCACAAUCGACGAAACACCCAAAGGAGACUUCUGCUUCCAGUGCCAAGGUUUUCUCUCCCUUGUAACUUCAGCCCUUUCGAUGGGGAAGAUCCAGGCCUCAUUCCAGACCUCGUUCCAAUGUGUGACCCUCCUCAAGAUCAGCCAAGAAGCCAUCCGUCCAGUCAAGCAAAUGAGUUUGCUGUCCUUCAUGCCCCUGUUGGAGAGAGACUUCACUUCUUUUGGGGGGAGUGGAGUCAAAGGGCUGCAGAAAUUUGGGUUGUCCGAGUACCAAAGAAGGUAUACAGAGAAGUCUUUCUUGUCCAAAUUGCCAAUCACAUUGGCAGCUCACUUGGUAAGAUCUGAGAAGUUUUCGGCCCUGUCUCGAGAAGUCAAUUCAUUGAUUCGGAAAAGGGCAAUAGUAGAAGUGUUAGAUCAUUCCACUGAAGAAUUUUACAACAAACUCUUUGUAGAACCCAAGUCAUCGGGGGGCUGGAGGCCCGUCCUGGACGUCAGUACCUUGAAUGUAUUUGUUGUGAAGACCACCUUUUGUAUAGAAGCAAACCUUUCAGUCAUGUCAUCCCUCCUCAUGGGGACUGAUCGGUAACCGUGGAUAUGGAGGAUGCAUAUUUUCAUGUCCCGAUCUAUCCUUCAAGGAAGUUCCUGCUCAUUAGAGCAAAAGGAUUUCUGUGGAAAGGUGCAGAGGCUAUUGCUAGAUGCAAGUCUCUCUCUUCUAGCAAACUCUAUGAAUCAAAAUGGUCAAUUUUCAGAAGCUGGUGCAGUGAAAAUCACAUCUCUUCUGAGACAAGUGUGAGUCACUGGCAGACUUUUUUCGUUUUCUUGUGGAAUACGAGGAAGUUGUUGUCAUCCACUAUAAGGGGCUAUAGGCCUAUGCUUAUCUCAGUCUUGAGGCAGAGGACUAGAUCUAUCCUCUAACCAAGAUAUAAGCGACCUUAUCAGAUCGUUAGAUACUUGAAAGGUUUAUAAGAUAUGACGUAGUGGCCUGGAACCUAAGUGUAGUAUUAAAGUGGCUCUUGACCUCCGUGUACGAACCUUUACACUUGAAUUCUUUCCGGAAUCUCACUAAAAAGACUGUUUUUAGUAGUGUUAACCACAGGUAAACAUGUCAGUGGGAUUCAAGCUAUGAACAAGAGAGUAAGAGCUCUGUUGCUCCUUGGCCCCACUCAUUUGUUAUCAAGAAUCUAAUAGACAUCCUCGGGCAAGAGGAAGAAGAUAGACUACUGUCAUGGCUCUCAGGUAUUACCUCAGUAUAACAGAAAAGAUUAGGGGGCCAUCAAAUAAUCUUUGGUGUUCAGUGAAGAACCCUUCACGACCCCUUUCUAAGAAUGCACUUGACUUUUUCUGAAGAAGCCUUAUUCCCGAAGCUCAUUCUCAAGUUCAAGAGGACACUCUUCCAAUCUUAAGAGUUAAGGCACAUGAGGUUCGGGCAAUCGCCAUGUUGUUAGCUUUUUGCCUCUCAUUAUCUCAAGGACAUUGAAACAUUCAAAAAUUGCAGUAUGUUAGGGCCUUUAUCAUGGCUGGCAUAGUGUUGGGAGAGGAGGCAUAGGGGACUGAAUGUCCCUCGCCUAUCUCCUCGCCUUGUGUUAAGGUGUCUUGAGUAUUUAGGGAAGCCUGUGGGGUGCAUCGUACCCAGAGUACCCCUCCAGUUCUUUUUUUUUAAUGAUUGACACCUACACUAGAUAAAAACCACCACCCCAUAGUUGUUUUUUUCUAGUUUAUGCCCAGAGCAAGGCCACUGUCUUGUUUCUUUGUCAUCCAUCGGUGUACGCUAUGGCUGCAAUGUCCCCACUAAGUAGAAGCAAUUCAAAGCCGUUAUGUACUGCCAUGCUUUCUUCAGGUUAAGAGUGCCAACCAGAGGCUGUAGUGACUUGCAGCAGCUCUAUUACCAGGUAAGGUACAAUGAGCAUUGUUACAGUGCUGGCAAAUGUCUAUAUCAAAGCCAUUAUCUGCACUAUGAUGAUUUGAAGUAUAGUCCAUGAUUCCCACCUUCUUUUAAUGUGGAACCAGCUAUGCAAUUGCUUGCUAAGUCACUUAUGUAAAAAUGAUAUUUUUAUGAUAAAAUAAGGUUUUACAUAAUUCUUACCAAGCAAUUAUAUAAUCAAAGCCCUCCCUCCUCCCCGCAGAUGGAUAUGACAGCCCAAACGAAAGUGGGAUGGUCCUGUUUUCACCUACAAUAGUAAGGGCAGUGUCAAUGAAAAACUUAAAUUUUGGACUGUUGAGGUAGAAAGCUUGCAGUUAUGUAAUUCUUGGUAAGCAUUAUGUAAAACCUCAUUUUAUCCUAAAAAUAAUUUUUCACUAAAUUGAAAAGUAUGUUAUCAUUAGUUUGAGUCACUGACACUUAGAGAAGUAUUUUUAUUAAGGCUAGCAAGAUAUGCAGCCAAACACCACAUAUGAUACAGAUUAAAAAUCAAGGAAAGGAUUCUUAAGUAAGAAAAUAUGUGUAAGGAUGUUUGAAUUGAUUGACAUUUGAUUGCUGAAUUAUUUUUCAAAUUGGACCUUAGCAAAAAAAUGUAGAGAAUAUAAUGAAUCAUCAGUACUGUAUUUAAAAGAAACUUGUGAUAUGCAAUUAUUAUUAUUAUUAUUAGAAAGUAACAGGCAGAUUCUCAAAAGGUUGCCCCUACCACUGCCUGUUUUGUAAUUGCUUGAAAUUAAACUUUACUGCAUAGUAGUGUUUGUUUUUGUAAGAUCUCUAUCAUAACUGCUAUGCAUAUUUCAAGGUAUUCAUGUAAACUGUAGGUGACAGCUGUUGCCAGUGGAAUUACCAAGCCAUUAUUUCUCAUACUUAAGAAAACUGCAUGUUUUCUAAAGAUACUACAGAACUGCUACUAUUCAAGAUAAUGAGAGGCACUUGAGUACUACAGAACUGCUACUCUCAAGAUAAUGAGAGGUACUCGAGUGUUUGUAAAGGCACCAGUUUGUGUAAAGGAAGGUACUGAUAAAAAACCAGUGAGUCACUUUAUGGUACAUACUUAGCAGUUUUGUGAUAACUUACAUUCUUCUCAUUCAGAAUGAGCAAGCUGUAAUACAUAAUACUUAAAUUUUCUUUCUUUUUCAAUCAUAUGACAGAUAAGAUGGUGCACUACAGUCCAUUAAUAUUCAUCUGGUAUAGCUAAUACUUGAGUGUUUUGCUUAUCUUGCUGUAUUAGAUUCUUUGUGGCACAAUUACUCUGUAUAUUAGCUGGCAUGAUGUAGGUAAUUGUUAUCAUCGUUCUCACCUUCAUCAAAAAUAAAGUGAUUUAAUAUAUGUAGAGCUCCUGUGUAUAUAUUUCAACUAUGGGCAUGGUAUACAGUGGACCCCCCGUAUUCGCGUUGUCACGCAUUUGCAGAUUUCUCUCGGAAACAUUUCCCCCCAUUAUUUAUGGAAAAUUUGCCUAUUCGUAAUGUUUUGCUGAGAAAUAUCCUGAAAUUCCUUUUUUUAUUUUUUUUUAAUGCACUUUUUGAGAUAAAACUUAAAAAAACCAAGUAUGAAGAUUUUUAGUGGGUUUGUCUUGAGUUUUAACCAACAAAAUAGGCUGUCUUCAGCGUUUUUAUAGGGGCUCCAACUAUUUGUGGAUUCUAACUAUUCGUGGGGAGGAGGGGGGUCUGGUACACAUCCCCUGCAAAUAUGGGUGGACCACUGUACUGCUUUAAAGAAGGUGAUCAUACAAUAGUUUUCAAAUAAUUUUUAUAAUAAUGUGCUGCUAAUUUGUUGGUUACCAUUGGCUAACCUGUAAGUGCAGUUUAUGCCCUUACUUGUAUUCAAGUACCCAUUAACUCUCUUAAAAUUAUGAAAGAGUUUUGCAACGAAUGUCAAAAUGAAAGUGCGAAGAAAAUUACCUGUCUAGCCAGAAAUCCUACAUAACAUUACAUGUAAGACAUUGCUCACAUCCUUUCCCAAUCAUGUGCAUAAUACAGAAUUAGUAAACCUAAGAUAAUCUAAAGCAACACACAAAAAAGAUUACACGACAUAUAAAACAUAAUAAAAAUUAAAAGAAUAUUGAGUGUGUGCAGUUGUCAAAAUCAUGAUAUAUAUCAAAAUCAUGAUACACAUUCGAAACUUUAGAGAGAGAAAAUCAAGAUCAGUAGCUAACGGUAUUACUAAAGAACAGAAUGUAUUCUUAUGAUUAGGGAUUGACACCUAAAACCUAGAGGAAAUGUUUCAUGCAAUAUUGUAACCAAAAAUUUAGAAAACAAUCAGCAACUACUUUAAGUUUAGAAAACAUUCAGCAACAAUUUCAUGUUCAUAAUUUUUAAAAUGUAACAGUUAGUAGCAUUACUGACAUUAAAUAUGUUUAUGUGUUUGUAACAGUUAGUAGCAUUACUGACAUUAAAUAUGUUUAUGGUACUCAAACACUUCAUACGUUAUUUUCUUGUAUCAAUGUACUUUGUGUGCCAUAUUAUUUUAUAUUGUAAAUAUAUAAGAAAUAUUAUAAGAAAGUAACUUAGGAAAACUAUGUUGGAACUUUGAAACGCAAAUGUGGACAGUCACAUAUUCUGCCAAUAGAGUAAUCAAAUUCUUAUUUAUCUUAUUUGUAUUUUUUUUUCAUUUUUUAUAUUUAUAGAUAAUGUACAGUAUGUUGCACAACUCCUGGGAGAAUAGUACUUGAUAUGGCCACUUGAGCCUCCAGUGAGCAUCAGUGUCCAGUGGACCCAGACCUCCUUAGAUUGGAACUGAGAAAGGUGGCUGAAAAUGAGUGGAGAUUUGUGCAAGAUAAAUCAUGGGAAAGAGUUCUAUGUCCUCCCCACUAAUUUGCCAUAACUAUUUGUUCAGAAAAAAACCAUUACCUACUGCUGGUCCUGGGAUUUGUUUGUACAUGCCCAGGGCUUCUGGCCUACUAGGGAUGUAUUUGUAUGAAUCUGGCAUUUUAAAAGUAAUGAUAUUAUAAGAAAAAAGUAAAUUUUGUUUAUAAUUUUUUUUAUUUAUUUCUGCCAAGAAUAUGUGACAAGUUACUGUAGUUAAUAAAAUAUAUUAUUGUACAAGGAGGGUCAGCUGUAUGUGGAAUUCAGAAUAGCAAUGUAAGUAUUUUGGCCAUAGUUCAGUUGACUGAAUUACACAUUCACUUUUCAUAAUUUUUUAUUAAAACUCUUAACUUAUGGAUAUGAUUAUCAAUUGAAACUCUUUAAAUAUUAUUGUUAGGACUAAUACCAUUAGUACUGUAUUUUUUAAAUCUAGUCAGCUACUGUAUUUGUAAUUUUCAGGGUGUAAAAAAAAAUGUUCUUUA